AUGAAGAAGCAAGCGUUAGUGCAUAAACCAAAAAAAGGGGGAAAUGUCAUUCCCACGUGUGGACGACGGAAGGAGAGACAGGAGAUCGUAAAUUGGAUCCAAACGGGGAGGGAGAUCCCGUCUGAACGGUACGGGUUGACGGAGAUUGCUGCUGCAUUGCAGGUCGCCCAACAGCUCGGGAACAUUGUUGCAUGA